GCUAGCGUGCCUCAAAAUCACGUGAUGGGAGUAUUUGAAACAAGCUUCGAAGGGGCAUGCUUCGAAAGAUCGACACAGUGUCGAAACGUCCCCACACGGAAGAGAAAGAAACACAAGUCUGCCAUUUACUGUAACGUUUAAAUGGAUGUGAAAGAGGAGACGUGUGAGGCUGACAUGAAUAUCAAGGAGGAGAGGACCAUAAAUGUUAAGGAGGAGGACUGUGAGUGGGAGACUGUCCACCCCAAACAGGAGAGUCUGGACAUUAAGGAAGAUGACAGUAAAUUGGGGUCAGUAAAUAUUAAAGAGGAGUGUGUCAGCACUGAGAUACACAACUAUAGGAGAAUGGAGAGUGUUAAGGAAGAUGACGUUAAUUAUGGAGAUCAAGAUUGGGCAGUGACCGGGUUAGUCUCUUCUCAUAGCAGACACUCUUCAUCUCCAGAGUCUUCUAUCAAUGUAAAAUAUGAAUCAUUACAGUCUGACAGAAAGACGAAUGAAGAUGUUUCAUCUCCUAGAACACAGGAAGGUCAGUCAUCACCUAAGACGUCAUCUGAAACAAGAAUCAAACUUCAUUGCUGUUCUGAAUGUGGUAAACAGUUUUUACAGAAAUACUCACUUCAGAACCACCAAAGAGUUCACACAGGGGAGAAGCCGUAUUGUUGUUCUGAAUGUGGUAAAAUGUUGUCCCACAAAAACUCUCUUAAGAGCCACCAAAGAAUUCAUACAGGGGAGAAGCCAUAUUGCUGUUCUGAAUGUGGUAAAAUGUUUUCACAGAGAAGCAAUCUUCAGAGCCACCAAAAAUUUCACACAGGGUUGAAUUUGUAUUGCUGUUCUGAAUGUGGCAAAAAUUUUUUACAGAGAAGCAGUCUUCAGACCCACCAAAGAAUUCACACAGGAGAGAAAAAAAUGUCAAACUCCCGCACCUUGUCCACAGAUGAACCCAGUACAAUAUGCUAAGCAGAAGAAGAAAGAAUUCAAAAAGUUUGAUGAAAACAAAAAAA